AUGGCCACAAUGCGCGUGAUCGCUAUUGAAGGCGCGCUUAUCAAGAUCCGCGCCCUCGGCCUUAACCGCAUGGAUUUACUUCAGCGUGAGGGGUUAUAUCCACUACCACCCCACGCGCCGGAAGCUAUGGGUGUGCAGUUUAGCGGUGUUAACGAGGGACGAGGGAUUUGGCGACGAGGUUGCUACCAUGGAGAGUGGAUUCAAAAGUGGAGAUAA